AUGGCCGUGAUAUGGGGUCUUGAUCUCAAGGAGGUACAUUGGAGCAAGCUCAAGUUCAGUUACAUGUUUAAGAACAGAGACUACCACCUGCGCCGCACAAAGUUCGGUAUCUACCAGGGCGCCAUGAUCCCCACUAUGAUAGCUCAGUCGCUCGGCACCACAGCACUCACCAACUACCUCGACCAGCAAGAGUUCGUCGCUGCCCACUCCCCCGGCGCGACAGUGCACAACAACAAUUUCAUCGGUAUAGCUUCCUACCUCAUCUUCGUCGGUGUCUUUACCGUCAACUUCUUCACCAUCAUGUUCGUCCUCGAUAUCUUCUGGCCGGAGCGCCACGAGUCAAAGGCUGUGAGAAAAGCAUGGCGUGUGUGUUCCGUCUUCUCCUGCCUGCUGACCCUCUCCUGCGCACUGGCAUACACGUACAUCGUCGCGACCCAAUCCGCAUUCGUGAGCGGCACCGACUCGGCCACCGCGGACCGCUUGAUCGCUGAGUUCGGCCGCACCAGCACGUUGCGGUACGCGAGCAACCCGCGCGCACUCGCGAGUGUGAUUCUCCUGUGGCUGGGCAUGGUCUUCACCUUUCUGAGUACGGCGUUGUUGUGGCAUUCGUUGGCGCAUACUGCCCGCUUUGGACCCAAGUCGACGCACGCGCGCGAGGCGGACGAGGCGUUCGGCGACAAGCCACAGAGUUUCGAGACGAGGGGCGGCGGCGAGGGUGCGCUGGAUGUGCCUGGCCAGCCACCGCCCACGCACGCGACUCCUGGCGCCACGGCGUAG